AGGUACGCUAUAUUGAGCCCCAUUUCGCUUUCCGUCUGGGGCUGUGCGUGUUCACUGAGUUUUCGAACUCGUUGUUUAGGUUCAAGAAGAUCUGCAGCAGUUGAAGGAAAAGCUCCAGGAUAUCAGCCAAGGCUGGAAAGUCGAGCACGUGGAAGACCUUGAAGCUGCUAUUGAAAAAACAGAGAGCGGAUUAAGGAAACACACAGAGAGGUAUUUAAACGCUAUAAACGCUUCCGUGUUAACUAUUUCAUCAUCUGAUAAUGCAGGCCUGUCCUCAAAACAGAUUUCCGGAUGGGGAACUCCUGUGGUGGCGGUGCAGAAGGAGAUAACGUUCCCUGAGACGUCGGCCGUUUCUGCUGCGCAUGGCCCCUCCUCGCCACACACGCCUUCACGUACAAAGAAGCUGUCGGCGAUGCUGAAGAUCCUGCGUGACCCACAAAACGUCCAGUACCGAAAGAUUCUAAGUCAGACCUACGGAGUCAACAUGCCUCUUGUGAGUCGGCGGAAGAUGGCUCCCGUGCCCUCUCAGAAAGUAGCCAGGGGUGUCACGAUGAGCAACCUCUCAGUGGCUCCGCCUUCCUUCCAUUUGGGCAGUUCGUGCUCUGUGUUGCCCCUGACCAGGAGGGAUGCCCAGAAAGGGAUCCUGAGUCUAAUUGAAAGGGGUCUGAUCCCGCGGGCGGCCAAGAUUACUCUAGAGAAACCUCUUGUUCUGCCCAAACCGGCUCCUCUCCAUGAUCCUCACACCAAGCACAAGAAGCCAGCUGCAGAUGGAAGUGCAGAGAGCAAGAAGCCGGGGCCUCACACGUACCCAUCCCUCAGCCACACCAGCAAGGGCAGCAAAGGCACCAAGGGCAGUGUCGCCCCACCCCCCUCCUGCACCUCCAUGAUGUCCCUCAAGAAGCACCAGCUCAUCCCAGCCAUCCAGAAGCGGGGGGCGGCCCUUCACCCUCUCUGCCUGACAAAGAAUCUGCCGGAGGAAUUUGAUUUUCUGAUUCACAAGGGAAAUAUAGACUACAAGGCUCCUGAUCUCAUCGCGUUCAAACAACACUGCUGCUUGUUCUGGGGGAGCGCCCUCGCCUUCUUGGAACACGUCGCCAGCCGUCUGAAAGAUUACGCCGUGACUUUGGCCAUCAUCAGGGGGAAGAAGGUACUGGAGCUCCUCCUGGACUUUGAAUUCCGCCAGCGGCUGACCCAGGAGGAGCUCCUUUCCGUGAUCAGGAACAGCAUAGCUGUGCAGAAGCUCUUCAACCGGCCUGGCCAGAGGUACAAAGGUCAGAACGGCGUCAAAGCGGCGGCCGCCAAGAUCCAGGCUACGUGGCGGUGUUACAAGCUCAGGAAAGCCUAUGUCGCUUUUUGGAAGAGGCAGUGGGCCUCCGGGGUGAUCGCUAUCUCGUGGCUGGUGCAUGUGCAGAGGAACCGGGUUCGAAAGACCCUGUGGGAGUCACGGCAGAAGCAUCGGGAGAAUUUCUGCAUCCGGGCCAAGCAUCUGGCCGCCAACUGGAAUCGCAUCAGGGCCUCUAAGAGGACCGUUAUCCAUAUCCCGUCAUUAGAUGAUUGAAGUCCUAAGUCAGCUGAUUGUCGACUACCCAGAAGUGAAACGCUGGAUUUUCAAAGCGGAUGGCGACUUUGGGGGAAACGGCACGGCCUACUGCGACGUCACCGCACACCUCAAAUGUUAUUCUUGGGUCUGCAAGGAGCGCCAAAAACACAGCCUCGAGGUCUGGCAGAACAGAUGGGCAC